AUGAAGACCUUUGUGCUAUCAGCUUCUCUGGUGGUGGCCCUUGUCUCCUCAAUGGAAGGCAUCGACUUCAACAUGAAAGACAUGGAGUCAAAUGAGAGCCUAUCGACCCUUUACGAGAGGUGGAGGGAGAAUAUGGUGUCGUUGAGGGUGAAACAAUGGCUCAAGAAUGCUGGUGAACCAAACAACUAGGAGCUCAAGUAGCACUUCGACAUCUUCAAGGAGAAUAUCAGCUUCACCCAUGAGUUCAAUAACAAGGACGAGCCUUACAAGUUGAAGCUCAACAAAUUCAUCGACAUGCCGGAGGAGGAGUUCAGGACAUUCAUUGGCUUGGCAGGCAACGAUGACCCAAUGGUGGUCACUGGUGCAGCAAGUGGCGACAAGUUGUUUGAAAUAAUCAUAGAGGUGGAGUAG